GCGGUUUCCGUUUGUGGGGGGUGCCAAUUGACAAUAGAAUGAGAACUAAUGGACCAAUCAGAACAUUAUGAAAACUACAUGUACCAAAGUGAUAUUUCUGGGUUUUAUCACACGCUAUUCUUCCUUGCAGCACUGUCAGUUUCCUUUGCCAAAGCCCAAAUUCGAAGACCCAAUCCAGAAACUCGGAAACGAAAGGGGACAGUGUUAAUGGGCAGUAGGGAAGAUUCUGAUUUUUGAGGCGAAGUGCUUCAACCAUACAGGGUGCUAGUUGAAGCGGCGAGAGAGUAAGCAGAGGUCUUCCUUCACCUGCAGCAGCAGCCAUCAGCUGACCUCAAUCGAAGCAGGGUAUUCGGGACUAAGUGAAAAGUCAGAAUGAAGUUCAGAGUGGUGUGCAGGAAAGUUUACGAUUACGUUCGGUAUGAUCUCAAGGAAAUAGCAUUUCCUUCCUCUUUACCUGAUCCCCCUCAUAUCAAAAAGCGUCGCAAGCUUUCGUGGAAAGAACGCUUUCUUGUGUUGAAGGAAGCGUCUAGACUGUAUGCAGCAAGCUGGGUCAGGGAUAUUGGUCCAGAACUCAGGCCAUAUGAUUACAAGAAGAAAGAACAGAGUGAAGAUAAAUCGAACGAGGAAAAGGCUGCAAGUAAAGAGAGGGAGCCGUCUACUCUAGAGGAUCUUGCUGUGGCUGCAAGGGGGGGAAUGGAAACAUUAAGGCCAGCAUUGCAGCGUGUGUACAUGACUAGAGCUUCCGCAUAUAGAGAUGCUCUCAAAAGUUUUAUUGAAGGUUAUCAAGAAGGUAUACAACAAGUUAUGGAGAAGAAGGAAGAUUCUAAGUCUCAACUUGGAGACGACACUCCCAAAAAAUCAACCUGAAUUAUCUGAAAGAGCAACUUGGUGAGUCAUUCCCUACAUCAUCGGAUUUGCUGUUGAACAAUAAUUGAAUGGGUUUAUGUGAUCAAUCAUUUUGUAGUCUGUAUUUCGUGAGAAAAUCAGGAAGCCACAUCAAAAUCACACCCCCAAUCAACUCUUUUCACUUGGCACUUCAGGGGUCUUUCAUAUAGUGCAUUUGGUUUUAGGAAACUGGUAGUAAGAUAUAUCUGUAAACCAUCAUAUAGUCGAUGCAGGUGUAUGUCUACUGCCUAUAUAAUAUCAACCAGCAUCCAUUUAUGAUAAAGACUCUUCAGGUUUAGCCAUUGGAUCUUGACCUGAUUAUUGCAUAGCCAAACUGCUAUACUUGGCAUCCUCUCUCGGUACGAUCACAGCGCUCUUCUGGUCACGAUCAAGGAACCAAGAAUUACAGAUUGUACUGUGGAGGCUGGUCGAACAUCAACAUCUAGGUUUAUCAUCGUUGAUUUGAGAAUUAUCAGAAGUCGAUCUUG